AUGCGUACCACUGUUGCGGCCGUUGCCGCCCUGGCUGGUGCCGCCCGCGCGGCCACCACCACGAGCGCCUACACCGACUCCACCACCGGCAUCACCUUCCAGCGCUGGGAGGACUCGACCACUGGCUUCACCUUCGGCAUGGCUCUGCCCGAGGACCCCGAGGCCACCACCGACAUCAUUGGUCAGAUGGUCGCUCCCGGCGCCGGUUGGGCCGGUGUGUCCAUGACCUCGUCCAUGAUGGCCUCGACCCUCAUCGCCGCCUGGCCCAAUGGAGACGACAUCGUUGCCUCUGCCCGCAAGACCAACGCCUACUCCAACCCCUCCGUCAUGGACGGCGUCACCCUGACCACCAUUCCCGAGGGCACCUUCGUCAACUCCACCCACUACUCGUACACUUUCCUGUGCAGUGGCUGCAUCACCGGCGACUCGGGUGCCUUCGACGUCACCGGCACCACUGCCGUCGUUGGCUGGGCCUUCUCCAAGACCGCCCCCACCACCCCCUCCAGCGCCGAUUCCGCCCUGAACUACCACGCUGCUGGUUUCGGUGCCUUCGGCAUGCCCAUCGCUGACGCCGAGUCUGCCGACUUCGCCACCUGGUCCAAGCUGGCCACUGGCUCCUCUGGCAGCUCCGGCUCCGGCAGCGCCUCCAACUCGACCACCACCCCUGCUGCCACCACCCCGUCCAGCACUCCCCUGGCCACCCCCUCCACCGUGAGCGAGACCUACGACUACAUCGUCGUCGGUGGUGGUGCCGCCGGCCUCGUCGCCGCCGGCCGUCUCGCCGAGUCCAAGGGCUCCGUCCUCCUGAUCGAGCGCGGUGGCGCCUCGUCCGCCUCCAGCGGUGGCAAGGACAUGCUCGACUGGAACAACACCGUCACCCCCUACGACGUCCCCGCCUACGGCUACGCCGUGUCCUCCACCGGCGAUGUCUCAUACUGCACCGACACUGCUUCUCAGGCUGGCUGCAUUCUCGGCGGCUCGUCUUCCAUCAACGCCGAGAUGUUCGUCAAGCCCCAGGAGGCCGACUUUGAGGCCUGGCCCCAGGGAUGGUCGUGGUCCGACGUCGAGGCCUCUGCCGAGUCUUUCUACGAGCGCAACCCCGGUACCUCGCUGCCUUCCAAGGACGGCCGCCGCUACAACCAGGGCGUCUACGAGAUCCUGUCCAAGCUGUUCAAGACCAACGGCUGGAGCGAGGUCGACGCCAUCGAGGAGCCCAACAAGAAGGAGAAGGUCUUCUCGCACCCUCCGUUCAACAUCAAGGACUCUCUCCGUGCCGGUCCCCUUCUGACCUACCUGCCCGAGGCCCAGGCGCUUGACAACUUCAAGCUCCAGCUCAACUCCAAGGUCGUCCGUGUCAUGCGCUCCGGCUCUUCCAUCACCGGUGUCGAGAUCGAGAACGCCGACGGCGCUGCCCAGAUCAUCAACCUUACCAAGAACGGCAAGGUCGUCCUCGCCGCCGGUGCUCUGUCCACUCCCCGCAUCCUGUUCAACUCUGGCAUCGGCCCGGCCGACCAGCUCGAGAUCGUCAACAGCUCCGACAACGGCAUCACUCUCGACUCGGCCGACUACAUCGAGCUGCCCGUCGGCAAGGGUCUCAAGGACCACACCAUCCUCACCAUGACCGUCAAGGUCGCCGGUGGCAACAUGACCGUCUUCGACCCCACCAACCCCUCGGACAACGACAUUGCUCUCUACAAGCAGGGCUCCGGUCCUCUUGCCGAGGGCAUGCAGCGUCUCAACUUCUGGACCACCGUCGACGGCACCGACGGCAAGACCCGCUACGUCCAGGGCACCACCUCCGUCUCCAGCUCCACCGAGAUCAAGGUCAAGGUCUACCUCACCCACGGCCUCACCUCCACCGGCCGCCUCGGCAUCGACGAGUCCGGCGCCACCACCCUGAUGACCCAGCCCUGGCUCAACACCGACGCCGACAAGGCCGCCAUCACCUCGUUCCUCGAUGAGUUCUUCGGCUACAUCCAGAAGUCGGGCACCAUGAGCGUCACCUCGUCCACCGGCGGCAACGUCACCGCCGCCGACCUGAUCGCCGGCCUCACCACCGGCUCCCACUUCGUCGGCACCGCCAAGAUGGGCACCGACUCGGGCCUCGAGGCCGACGGCACCUCGGUCGUCGACACGGACUGCAAGGUCUACGGCACCGACAACCUGUACGUCGUCGACGCCUCGAUCCACCCCGACCUGCCCACCGGCAACACCCAGGCCAUCGUCUACGUCGCCGCCGAGCACGCCGCCAAGAAGAUCUCCGGCCAGACCACCACCAUCACCACCGGCUCCACCGGCUCCACCGGCUCCUCGUCCGGCUCCAGCCAGAGCUCCGCCGCCGCCGAGGUCUCCUCCGCCUCCUCCGCCGUCGUCGACCAGUCCGCCUCCGCCUCCACCUCCACCGCCGUCGUUGUCGCCUCCUCUUCCGCCGCCUCCAUCACCACCCCCGCCCCCGCCCCCGCGUCCCCCUCCUCCGGCUCCGCCGAGGGCUCCGACUCGGGCAAAUCCACCGUCACCACCACCGUCACCGUCAAGAACACCAAGCUGACGACCGUCUACGUGACCGUCGCCGCCGGCAGCGAGGCCGAAUCCACCCCCGCCGCCAACGCCGCCAACGCCGCCAACGCCGUCGGCGCCGAGUCCGUCUACACCUCGACCAGCGUCAUCGCCCCCGCCCCCGCGUCGACCCUGUCGACCCUGGUCGUCGCGGCGGCGGCUGAGACGUCUGGUGCGGGUGCCGGUUCCGGUGCGGCUGCCCCCUCGCCGCUGCCGUCCAUCGUCGCCAGCGGCAUCGCCAGCAACUGGACCAACAUCAUCCCCAGCGCGGCGCUGACCCAGGUCAUCGCGCAGCCGACGGGCGGUGCGGCCGCGGUCGGUGCGGACGAGGCGUUGCCCGAGGGGACGCGGAUCAAGGAUGUGUUGGAGUGGUUUACGUUUGUGUUUGAGAGCGUUGUCAAGGGUGCGUUGAGGAGGUAG